AUGCAGAGUUUCAAAGAAGCUUCUACUUUGAAAACUCAUAAAAGAAUACAUACAGAGUUUCAAAGAAGCUUCUUCUUGAAAACUCAUAAAAUAAUACAUACAGGUGAUAAACCAUACUCAUGCAAUGUUUGUGAUAAGAGUUUCAAACAUUGUGGUACCUUCAAGAUACAUAAUAGACUACAUACUGGCGAUAAACCUUACAUAUGCAAUGUUUGUGGUAAGAGUUUAAAACAAGCUUUUACUUUAAAAACACAUAAAGGAAUACUAGCAGGUGAUAAACCUUACUUAUGCAGUAAACAUAAAGGAAUACAUACCAGUGACAAACCAUACUCAUGCAAUGUUUGUGGUAAGAGUUUUAAACAAGCUUCUACUUUGAAAACACAUACAGGUGAUAAACCUUACUUAUGCAGUGAUUGUGGUAAGAGUUUCUGUAAAUUUAGAACUUUGAAGAGACAUAAAAUAAUACAUACUGGUGAUAAACCAUACUCCUGCAAUGUUUGCGGAAACAGUUUCAAACAAGCUUGUACUUUGAAAACACAUACAGGAAUUCAUAAAGGGGAUAAACCAUACUCAUGCAAUGUUUGUGGUAAGAGUUUCAAACUUCUGGUACCUUCAAGAUACAUAAAAGACUACAUACUGGUGAUAAACCUUACGUAUGCAAUGUUUGUGGUAAUAGCUUAAAACAAGCUUUUACUUUGAAAACACAUAAAGGAAUACAUCUGGUGAUAAACCUUACUUAUGCAGUGUUUGUGUUAAGAGUUUCUGUAAGUCUAGUACUUUGAAGAGACAUAAAAUAAUAGAUACUGGUGAUAAACCAUACUCAUGCAUUGUUUGCGGUAAGAGUUUCAAACAAGCUUCUACUUUGAAAAAACAUACAGGAAUACAUAAAGGGGAUAAACCAUACUCAUGCAAUGUUUGUGGUAAGAGUUUCAAACUUCUGGUACCUUCAAGAUACAUAAAAGACUACAUAGUGGUGAUAAACCUUACGAAUGCAAUGUUUGUGGUAAGAGCUUAAAACAAGCUUUUACUUUGAAAACACAUAAAGGAAUACAUCUGGUGAUAAACCUUACUUAUGCAGUGUUUGUGUUAAGAGUUUCUGUAAGUCUAGUACUUUGAAGAGACAUAAAAAAAUAGAUACUGGUGAUAAACCAUACUCAUGCAAUGUUUGCGGUAAGAGUUUC